GAUGAGAUAGCUACAUCGCGAAUUGGAAGGAUGGAGGGAGGCAGGGAGAAUUUAAUAGCAGUAGCUCCCAUCUGCUGCUAAACUAAGAGAUGAUGUUCUUGUAUUUAUGAUGGAUUCUGUAUGGGAGAUUGCAUGACUUGGUGAGCUUGGAAGAUUAAGUAGGAAUAUUUAUUUUCGUUGAAAGUAAGAGCAGAGUGUUUCAGGGACGAGUGGCAGAGUAGCAGAAUAUGUGUGACUUCUGCAAUUUGACUUCUACAUUCUUGCCUGAUAGCUUAAUCCAUAAAUAUUCUGUCCAAUAAUAAGGAAAUUAAGAUCUCUGUAUCCAUCAACAUGUGUGUUAUGGUGUUUCACUGCUUUAGAAUGGUCAAAGAUUAUUAAGUAUGCUCAUCAUGAAGUUUGUUGAGCUGAAAUUUAAAUUUUAAAUUAUUGCCUUAUGUUUUUACUAUUAGGUAUUUCUAAUGUGUUAGGUAAUUUUCCGUCUUGCUGACUGUUAUCGUCAUCUCUAUUCCUUAUCUGGGAGAGAAGGUUGGAUCCAUUAUGUCAUGAUAAAGGCCAAUGAUAGAUUGCCUUUCAGCAACCUAGUUAUGACAAACAGUUGUGGAGCUUUUAGUUCCCCUUUCCGGCUAUCUCAUGUGCUUUUUGCAUGUGUAUGGACUGGCUUGCUAUAUGCAUUAAGAUUCAAUCAAUGCUUAAUUCCACACUUCACAAAACUUAGUAAGCAUAAUUUCCAAUUAUAUAGUCAUUGUGCUAUUAUCCUUGCAUUAUAUGUUUUCUACUUUUAUAUAAUCAAAGUCCGUAUGUAUCCAAAGCUAUAUGUUCUGGCACAUGAUUUAUUCUAUCCUUAUGGUUAUUUUGGUAAGUUUCUAUUACUAUUGUUUUCUUAAUACUCUUUUGCUCCAAAUAAACACAACCGCAAACCAUAGAGUCAAUGAUUUAUAUCUGUGAACCAGCAGUUAUUUAGUCCAACUGAUCCGCACUUGGUAACACAUUUGUUGAAUUCACCUGGUAGUCGUGGCAAAUGCAUGCCAACCAUAGCACCAAUAUUCCUUCAGGAGCUACUGAUCGAACGAUGAUACCAAAAUGUGAGUAUGUUCCAAAUUUGAUCAACUCAAGCAUGCAAGAAGAUGAGAUAUAUGAAGAUCCCGAUAGUCCUGCUGGAAAAAAGAAAAAAGCACCACGAAUCAAAGGUUGGGGCCUGCGCAGGUUCAGUACAAUAGUGUGUGAUAAGGUCAAGGAAAAGGGAAGAACUACUUAUAAUGAGGUUGCAGAUGAAAUUAUAUAUGAGUUAUCAUCCCUGGAGAAAAAAGAUCUGCAGUUUGUGUUUGAUGAGAAAAAUAUUCGGCGGAGAGUUUAUGAUGCAUUUAAUGUUCUAAUGGCAAUUAACGUUAUUGCCAAGGACAAAAAGGAGAUCAAGUGGGUGGGUUUUCCUUCUACGGAAACUGAAGAGUUGGCACAAAUAAAGGAAGAGAAAAUGAAACUGCUAAGUAAGAUCGAACAAAAAGUAAAUUAUCUAAAAGAACUGGAGGAGAAGUUUGGAGAUCUCCAUAAUCUUAUUUGCCGGAACCGAGUAGCACAUAAGUCGGCAAGUGUUUCAUCGGAAGGGAUAGCUCUGCCAUUUUUGUUGGUCCAGACGACUCCAAAGGCCACGGUCGAGAUUGAGAUCUCAGAAGACAUGCGGUCCGUGAACUUCGAGUUCAAUGGAACCCCAUUCACCUUGCACGAUGCUGAUUCCAUCCUCAGAGCCAUGAGGCGCCCCACAUCAGUCGAAAGGGGUCAUGACAACAAUAAUUCAACAGAGAGCCCAGAAUUGGUCGCUGACCAAAAUUGUCAGAAGCUUCACCCUGCUUCUUCGUCAUGAAACUUGGACAGGUUCAGGAGACACUGCUUAGAAAGGAAUAGCAGAUAGGAAGUUUGGUGAUUCAAACAUAGGAUAGACAGAAGUCGAGGCAUUCUGUGCGUGUACAGUGUCCCUCAAUUUUGUAAACCAGAUGGUUUCUUCAUUGAAGAUCCUUUUGUAGAAAAUAUUUAACAUGGUUUUCGCCUUUGUGAGUUUGAUCAUGUUAAUUUCGCCUUACAUGUAACAUCCUAUUAGUGA